UUAUGUGCACUAUUUUGACCAACUGCUGCUUCAUGGCCAUGUCUGAACCUGCGCAGUGGGCCAAAUACGUCGAGUACACGUUCACUGGCAUUUACACGUUUGAGUCGUUGAUAAAGAUCCUGGCGCGGGGCUUCUGCAUCGGCCCCUUCACCUUCCUGAGGGACCCCUGGAACUGGCUGGACUUCAGCGUGAUUGUUAUGGCAUAUGUUACUGAGUUUGUGGACCUGGGCAAUGUCUCAGCGUUACGGACAUUCAGGGUUCUGCGAGCACUGAAAACGAUCUCAGUCAUCCCAGGCCUGAAGACCAUCGUGGGCGCGCUGAUCCAGUCGGUGAAGAAGCUGGCAGACGUGAUGAUCCUGACGGUCUUCUGUCUCAGCGUCUUCGCUCUCAUCGGCCUGCAGCUCUUCAUGGGGAACCUGCGGCAGAAAUGCGUCCGCAGCACCGCGCACUGUCUCAACACCACCUUACCUUCAGACAGCAACAGCACUUUCUUCUGCAAUAACAGAACCUGGUCCUCGCUGGAGGACUUCAUCACUAAUGAAGUCCCAAUCUCGAGCACAUUGUGCCACACGAGGAAGGAAGCGGUGGUUGGUAUCAGUGCGUCUGGGAUCCGGGGCCCCGUCCAAACCCGACUGAAGUGGGGCCCGUCCAUUAGCACGUCCUUCAGGGACACGGCGAGGUGUGUGAGUGUGAUAGCAGCCGUCACCCGCACCCUCACGCUCUCAGCAGACGAAGCGCUGGCGCCACCGGCCCCUCAGAGCCACUGUUACAAAUGUCCGGAUGGUUUUGAAUGUAUGAAGACCGGACGAAACCCCAACUACGGCUACACCAGCUUCGACAGCUUCGGAUGGGCUUUUCUUUCGCUUUUCAGACUCAUGACACAAGAUUACUGGGAAAACCUCUAUCAUCACACGCUGCGCUCGGUGGGAAAAGCGUACAUGGUGUUUUUUGUGCUGGUGAUCUUCCUGGGCUCCUUUUACCUGGUGAACCUGAUCCUGGCUGUGGUGGCCAUGGCGUACGAGGAGCAGAACCAGGCCACCAUCGCAGAAGCCCUGCAGAAAGAGCAAGAGUUUCAGCUCGCCAUAGAGCAGCUGAAGAAGGAACAGCAGGCGGCUCAGAAAGCACAAGAAACUGAGUCCAUCUUGACGGCCGACGUGUCGCCGUUCUCCUCACAAGACAAAGGGAAUCUGGACCGGAGGAAAAGCUUGAGACCGCUGUCUGAAGGAACGGAGGACGGCAACAAUGACAAAUCAGCCAAGAUGGACACUAUAGAGGGGAUGAAGCAAACGCACUCUCUGCUGGUCCGCACUCUCUCCUUACGAGCCCGACGGGAGAGUCAGGUCAGCAUCUUCAACUUCCGGCCGCCGAACAAAGACUCGGAGGUGGAUUUCGCCGACGAUGAGUUCAGCAAUCACGGCGAUUCGGACAGCCGCGGCGGGGCGCUGGCGCUGCCCUGGAGCAGGAGACACCUCUCUGCUGGACACAACUCCAGCAAUGAGCUGAGCAGUAUGCUGCUGCCCCAGCUGCCCCAGGAGGGCCGAAACCGGACCCUGAGCGCCACCAGUUACAUCACUGACGCCAUGGAAGAGCUGGAGGAGGCGCAGCAGAAGUGUCACCCGUGCUGGUACGUGUUUGCACACAAGUACCUGGUGUGGACGUGUGGCCCCAGCUGGCUGAAGGUGAAGGAGUGGGUGAAGUUCAUGGUGAAUGAUCCGUUCCUGGAUCUGGCCAUCACUAUCUGCAUCGUUCUCAACACGCUCUUCAUGGCUCUGGAGCACUAUCCCAUGACAGACGAGUUCAACCGCAUGCUGUCUGUGGGGAACCUGGUGUUCACAGGCAUCUUCACCGCGGAGAUGGUCCUGAAGAUCAUCGCUCUGGAUCCGUAUUAUUACUUUCAGCAGGGCUGGAACAUCUUUGACAGUCUGAUCGUGAGUCUGAGUCUCAUGGAGCUGGGUUUGUCCAACGUGGAGGGUCUGUCUGUCCUGCGCUCCUUCAGACUGGUCACUGGGUUGAAGUGUGCAGGUGAGACGCAGAGAGAUCUCAGAGAACAGGCACCGCUGAUGCUGGGCUGGUUUGUAAAAGCUCAGGUCAUUGGGUUGAAGUGUGCAGGUGAGACGCAGAGAGAUCUCAGAGAACAGGCACCGCUGAUGCUGGGCUGGUUUGUAAAAGCUCAGGCCCUGGUCGGUGCGUCGGUUCGGUGUGGGAGCGCUUUUGUGUUUCUCGUCGAGGCAUAUAAACUGGAGGAGCAUCAAUCACGAGGCUCCGCCCUCGAUUAUAAUGGGCUCAGAUGCAGCAGUGAGAGGAACGUGUUCUUGAGGGCCACUUCAGGGUUCCAGAGCCGCACCGCUGCGACUUACUGCUAA